AAACUGCAGCCAAAGUUCAUCUGUCUAGAGGGGGAAGAGAAGGUUGCUUCUCAGGAGCACCAUCUGCUCUACUUCUCACUUCUUUACUCGUUUCUCAUGCGUAUACGACAUGCACAAUCCCUCUCUACCUUUGUUUUUUUGAACUCUCUUAAUUCCACGUUGCAAAUUACUCCCCUAUCGUAACGCUUUCCCGCAGCUCGCAUUACUCUAUUUCUUCCUCCUUUCCGUUCAGAACAUUUCUUAAUCCAUAAAAGUUCCUGCCUUUCCGGCUUUGUCCUAUAAAGAAGCACUCAAGUUUCCCUUGUUUUUUCUUCCUCAAGUCUAGAGUUCAUAAAGCGUCACCCUUCAUUCUUGUUCUCCACCUAAUUGAUUCCUGUUUUUUUGUUUUUUAAAAAAAAAAAUCAUGGGUGCUCACCAGAGCAAGAGGGCCGAGAUGCCGCCGGAUCUCUUGAUAGACGGUCGCGGCACCUCCGGCGGUGCUGCAGCCCGUGCGGCGCAUGGAGGAAAAGGCGCCCAUUCCCACGCCGAAGACAUUCGGUACAUGGCCGAGCUGAGUUCCUAUGAGGCCGCCUGCAGCCUCGACCCGGAGCUGCAGAGCUUCGACACCACGCUCCAACAGCGCACCAGCCGCGUCAUCUCCUCCCUCGCCGUCGGCGUCGAGGUCCGGUCGCUCUCCCUCAACUCCCUCCGCGAGAUCACCACCUGCCUGCUCGACAUGAACCACGAGGUGGUGAAGGUGAUCCUCGACUGCAAGCGCGACAUCUGGAAAACCCCUGACCUCUUCGACCUCGUCGAGGACUACUUCGAAAACAGCCUCCAAACUCUCGAUUUCUGCGCCGCCCUCGAGAAGUGCCUCAUGCGCGCCCGCGACUCCCAGCUGAUCAUCCACUUCGCCCUGAAGCGCUUCACCGAGGAGGAUGCCGCCGGAGCCGGAGCCGAACCCGAUUCCCACCGCAAACCCAAGUACGCAAAAACCCUAGAGGAAUUAGGGCAUUUCAAGGCGGCGGGCGACCCCUUCACGGAAGAGUUCUUCCGAGCCUUCCACGCCGUCUACCGCCAGCAGAUCUCGAUGCUGGAGAAGCUGCAGCAGCGGAAGACGAAGCUGGACAAGAAGAUGAGGUCCAUCAAGGUGUGGCGGAAGCUGUCGAGCAUAAUCUUUGCCGCGACCUUCGCCGCCGUCCUGAUCUGCUCGGUGGUGGCGGCGGCGGUAGCCGCCCCACCGGUCGCCGCGGCCCUGGCGGCGGCGACGGCGAUCCCGAUCGGAUCGACAGGGAAGUGGAUCGACUCUCUGCUGAACGACUACCACAACGCGGUCAAGGGGCAAAAGGAAGUGCUGAGUUCGAUGCAAGUGGGGACUUACAUUGCGAUCAAGGAUCUGGAGAGCAUCCGCGUGUCGGUGGACCGGCUGGAGGCGGAGAUCGCGGCGGUGCUGGAGAAGGCGGAGUUCGCGACGAGGGGAGCGGAGGCGGUGAGGCUGGGGAUGGAGGAGGUGAGGAGGGGACUGGAGGCGUUCAUGAAGAGCGUGGAGGAUUUGGGAGAGCAGGCCGAUCGGUGCAGCAGAGACAUAAGGAGGGCGAGGACGGUGGUGCUGCAGAGGAUCAUCAGAAAUCCAGAAUAAGCCAACGUAACGGUGCGCCAUCUUGUCUUGUCAGUGAAUUUGAAAAUAUUCGAAUGAAACAAUUCAAAAAAAAAAACGAAUUAGAUUAAAUAGACGAUGUGUCAUUUACAUUGCUCCCAUGUAAACAAAAACAUGUAAUUGAUUUCUUUAAAUAGUUUAUUCUAUUCUUCAUGUUUUGAUGUAAAAAAGAUUUGAUGAGUUAAUUAAAAUGGUUUGUUUGCUUG